AUGUCAAAUAAAAGACGUCGUUGUUUUUCUAUCGCUGAAAAAGUGAAAAUAAUUGAAAAAUUAGAAAAUGGUGUUUCAAAUAAAGUUCUCUGCCAAGAGCUGGAAAUCAGUCAAUCGACUCUGUCUACCAUAUGGAAAUCGAAAGACCAAAUAAAAAACAUUUUUCUAAAAGACGUCACAUCUAACAAAAGGAUAAAAUCUAGUCAACAUAAAGAUGUGAAACAGGCUCUCCUGGAAUGGUUCAAAAUCCAAAGAUCUAAAAAUAUUCCAAUAAAUGAUCCAAUACUUCAAGAAAAAGCGACAGAAUUCGGGAAGCAUUUUCAUAAGACAGAUUUUCAAUGUUCUUCUUCUUGGAUUACCCGUUUUCGCCAAAGACAUAAUAUCGUUUUUGGAAAAAUAAGUGGAGAAUCGGCAAGUGUCCCUGUUGGUGUUUCGGAAAAUUGGCUGGAGCAAGUUUGGUCUGGUUUGUGUAAAAAUUAUAUAGUUUCUAACAUUUACAAUGCCGAUGAAACUGGACUGUUUUUUCGUCUUACUCCGUCUCAAACAUUACGUUUCAAAGGGGAAACGUGCAGUGGAGGUAAAUUAUCUAAAGAUCGACUAAAGGUUCUUGUAGCCUCUAAUAUGGAUGGUUCUGACAAAAAAAAACUGCUGGUAGUUGGAAAGUCUAAGACUCCGAGAUGUUUUAAAAAUGUCAAAAACUUUACCGUUGACUACAAAAACAAUAAAAAAGCAUGGAUGACUGGAGAAAUUUUUUCAAAUUGGUUAAAAGAAUGGGAUAAACAACUGGCAGAAGAAAAAUGGCAUAUUCUAUUGACUGUAGACAAUUGUCCGGCCCAUCCUUCUGUUCAAAAUCUCGACUUCAUAAAGUUGGUUUUUCUCCCUCCAAAUACGAAAUCAAUACUUCAGCCUAUGGAUCAAGUGUAUAAUGAAACAAAAACGAUAAGUGACGAAUCAGAUUUCUUCCCAAGAGAAAACUUUCAACAUUUCGUCGAGGCUGAUGAUGCUCUAUGGACCAAUGCAGAACCGAAUGAAGAAGAAAUAGUCAGUUCUAUUUUGAAUGCAAGUGAGGAUGAAAACGAAAACGAUGAUGAGGCGGAAGAAAUUGUAAAUAAGGCACCGUCUAUUUCGGAAGUGUAUUUUUCAAUUAAUCAAUUAUAG